GACAAGCCUGUCGUUAUGUGUGCAGUCGGCUAAAAUCACUUUGGACGCGAAAGCGAAAUCUAACCUCGGUCAACGGAGCGGAACCUUUAAAACCUCCGAAAUCAAGCGCGAUCAUGGCAGAAAAGGAUGACUACAUAGAAAAUGUUGGAUUCCUUUAUCGCACCAUGGUCGAGAGGGACCCGAGCAAAAGAAGAGUGAAGCCCGUUGAGGGCCAUCUGCAACUCUUGGACUUCGCCGACCUGGGUGACAGUUCUGACGACAGCGACUUUCAGAUUGACGAUCACGAAAAAGAUCUAGAGUCCGACGACCAAGGCGACACGUCGGAGAACAACGAUGAGGACGAAUCUUCUGGAGAGGCAGUCUCAGAGGCGGAGGAAAAAUUUGUGUCGGCCGAGGUCACCAACGGUGCAGUGGAGCCGCAGGAGACCAAGAAGGUCCCUAAACUCAUAGUUGGAGAUCUGAUUGAGCGGGCUAGGCAAAGGCAGAGCCAAGCAAGGCAGAGGAUUUCGAGUGAAUGUGGAUCUUCUCUGAAGCUCAAAAUAACAAUCUGUGCUGUCUGCCUCGGGGAUAUCAGUGUGGAGGAUGAUGAAAUCGUGGAGUGUGACUGUUGCAGUGUUUCUGUCCAUGAAGGUUGCUAUGGCAUUACCGACACUGAUUCUGUCAUGAGCACGAUUUCUUCAAGCUCAACAGAGCCGUGGUUUUGCGACGCAUGCAGAGCUGGGCAGAAAGAUCCAGUCUGUGAGCUUUGCCCCAAUUCUGGAGGAAUCUUCAAGGAAACAGACGUGGGCAAGUGGGUGCACCUAGUGUGUGCCCUCUACAUUCCAGGAGUAGCCUUUGGCAAUGUGGAGAAGCUCACCCCAGUGACACUUUUUGAGAUGCCCUACUCUCGCUGGGGAGCCAAGUCCUGUGCCCUGUGUGAAGACGAAAGUCUAAGCCGGACCGGAGUCUGCAUUGGUUGUGAUGCCGGCAUGUGCAAGACCUUCUUCCACGUCACAUGUGCCCAGCGUGAAGGAUUGCUUUCAGAAGCUUCAAUGGAGGAGAUUGCAGACCCAUUCUUUGCCUACUGCAAGAUGCACGCCGACAAGAACAUUGUGCGCAGCAAACGUAAAAACUGGCUGGCACUGCAGUCCCGGAACAAGAAUCAAGCUGCUGUGCACGACCCCAAGGAGAAGGCACGGGUGGAGCGCAAGCUGGCCUGGCACCGUGAGCGGUACCAGGUGCACCGGGCGGAGCGGCCCGCCCCGUGGGUGCCCACGCAGAAGAUGCCGCGCCUGCUCACAAGCAGCCCCUGGGCGUGCCGGCAGCUGCUACGCAAGGCCCAGCUUCUGGGCAUCUCCCAGCAGAGCCACCUGGCCGCCGAGAGCAUGGUGGACGUGCGCCGCAAGUGGCACGUGCCCCCCGCCUUCAGCCUGGAGUUUGUGAGCUACUACCUCGACCGCGGCAAUCGAGUUCUGACAAUGCGUCGCCACUUGGACGAGUUGCUGCAGCAGAACACUGAACUUCAGGAACAGGAGCAACUGCUGCGGCAGAAGUACGACCAGGCCAUCAUUCAGCUGGACGAGCUGAAGAAGGAGAAUACUCGCAUGCACGACUGUGGCACAGAACUCUGGAAAAUACUCUGCGACCUCACAAACAAGAAACUCCCUUUGCCAGGAGUUUUAGAAGCUAGAAAACUGCCAGUCAAGCCAGCCAGCAGAACAAACCGUCGUGCCGAUUCUGGGACUUCGUUUCUUUUUGAGUGUGGUGUCUGCAAGAGAUCUCAAGACCAGCAUCAGCUUGCCAAAUGCGACAACUGCCAGCUACACUACCACCUCUACUGCCUUGAUCCGCCGCUGACGAGGAUGCCCAAGAAAACCAAGUCAAUGGGAUGGCAGUGUAGUGAAUGCAACAAGAACUCUGAUGAAGACAAGGAGAGGCAUUGCGACCCCAACGCUCCACGCAGACUCCGUGACCAGCCCCGGGGUACCAUGCGGUACGAGGACUGCCCAUACCGGGACGACUUCCGCAGGAGUGUGGGCCGGCUGAGCCAGCGGGUGCGGCAGUCCCGGCCGUCCCUUGCUCUGGCGGCCGCCCUGGUGCCAGCCGUCGCCGCUGCUCCCGCCACAGAGGACUGCCCGGUCCCUGCCGCAGUCCCUGACAAAGGGAGCCGGGGGCCAGUUUGGGUCCCCGUAGCUCCCCAGCGCUCCAAAAGGAGCUUUGGGGCGAGAGCUCGGGGCAAGGGCAAGAAGCGCAAGGCCAGCACUGGGACCCCAGCCGUGGGAACGAAGACCGAGCAGGCACCGGGCCCCCAGUUUGACGACGCUGUACCAGGGGUCUCUGGGAUCAGGAUGCCUGCCAAGAGAACCCAGCCGGACCGAGAGAUCAAAACCGAAUGUGCCAGGUGUGGCUCACCGGGCGACAGCACAAACCUUGUCGUGUGCGAUGACUGCAAGAAGGGCUACCACUUCCUGUGCCUGUACCCUCCCGUGCGCAAGAGCCCCAAGGCAAGAGGAUACACCUGGAACUGCGAGGAGUGCAACUCCUCGUAGGAGCACCGCAUGCACCCUAACAAAAGGCAGAGAAGAGAUGAAGAGGACCAGAAGAAAAUCCGGAUUCCAUAGAGCCAUGUUGUAUUUCUUCUUUUUUUUUCCUGUGCCAUUAUUGGUGUUUGUUCGUGCUGUCACACAAUGUGCAUUCUUUUUACUACCACAAUUAAAUGUGAGUGCCUGUGAUAGACCUUCUCUGUAUAUGUCAAUUGAAUAAAUAUCUAUAAAACAUUCA